AUGUCUUGUUCCGAUGUCUUGUACAUGUUUAGGUGCAUGUUCCUUAUUAAAUGCUACAAAUUCGAUCCAAUUAAGCAGCAUGUAAUUUGUUGGCAGUCGUCAUUACCUCAUUUUAUUUCAUUUGACGUGCGGCGUGCGGUGGUAGUGGUAAAAGGUACGUACCGGGUUUGGUUUAGCGGCGCUGGCGGCACAGUGACUUAGGUACUACCUAUCUUAUCUGGACUGCCCAAGGCGAUUAAGUAAGCGCGUAAGCGGCACUUUAACAAACCAGGCACUUUCAAGCCAACCUUCACGAGAACAUCACCAACCAGAGACACUCCAUCGUCAGCCAAAUCCGCUGCGCCAGUGUACGACGACAGAAAACGGGGAGGAAGCUUGGGCAAAACAAAAACCUUGGUUUCGUCUUCCGUACUUGCAACCGCUUUGACUCGCAAGCCGCGUCCAAAACUCCAGCUUCGCAACUCUGCGGUCUUGCAACCUUGCACAACAUUGCAUUCCUAGGUAUUCAUUGUGACCGUACCUACAUUAUUUAGGUAUUCCACCUGUUCGUCAGACAGGAUUUUACGUAAACCAACAACUACACAACCCUGUUGCCGAAUACCGUACCCAACCUUUUUGAUCGACCCGAAUAGUCGGUCAACCCGCGGUCAUUCGCCACCAUGUCUAACUCGCAGGUCGGCCACGUUUACCAGCAGAUCAUCGACGAUGUCCUCGAAGCUUCGCGAGUCGAUUUCGAGGAAGGCGGCGUGGACGAGGGUGUUUUGGACGAACUGAAGAGGGUGAGUAAUUGGCAUUUUUUCUUGUUUUUCUUUUUCUUUUUCUUCUUCCCUCUACCGCUUCUCCCUUGAGUCGAUCGGCGAUCGGCGAUCAACGAUUAUUAGUGCAUUGUUAUUAUUUCUUUCAUUUGGACGGGGAUUUCCUUAAAUAUUGAAUAUUUGAGGAAUUAUUUUCCGAGAUUUGAUGAGUUGUCGACCAAGCCAUGAUGGGCACUAUUAUAGGCCACUUUACUGUGCUGGUUAUAGGCGAGGCCGAGGUUGGUGAGAA